UUGAGGAUAAAUUAUUAAUUGUUGUUGACAUUGACGAGAAGUUAUUAUUUAAUCCCACUUGAAGUCUGGAAAUUGCUUUAUUGAUAAUACUGUCAAUAUUAUCAAUAGUCACAGUGCCGUUCACGGUACAGUCCUGAGAUGAAACAGAAGCGCUCGGGUCUGUCUGAGUCAAAGGUAACGGCGAUUUUGUACCAGGAUUGCCACUAGGUCCGGGCAGUGUAUCACUACAAUUCAUAAAAAAUACACAUAUAUUAACAAUGAGAAAUGAAAGAUAUGUCAUUAAUGGCGUACAUCAGAAUGAAAGGGAAGAUAAUGUAGAUGUACAAAGAAUAAAUAAUGAGGAAAUUAACAUUGAAACAAAUCAUGAAAGAAGAAAUGUAGAACCAGAAGGUGUUGAAUAUGAUUCAGAUGAAAAUAAUUCCAGUUCUUCCGAAGACGAAUUACCUGAAAUUGAUGAAGAUGAUGAUGAUGAGGAUGAAAUACUAGACGGACUGCUUAAUAGAAACAUUCAUGAACCGUUAUAUCGGGGUGCUCCAGUAACACUUGCUCAGAGUAUGUUAUUAAUAUUAGCAUUAUUCUUGCACCACAAUCUAUCAUUAUCGUGCAUUGCAGAUAUAAUUACUGUAAUUAACUUUCAUUGUUUGAAUCAAAAUUUAAAAAAAAAUAGUUUAUAUAAAUUUUUAAAAUUUUUCUCUCUUAACACAAAUAAUGGAUCUGUUAAAAAAAUUUACUACUGUUCGACAUGCAUUAGAGAAUUACCAAAUGCUAAAUUUCGUUGUCCAUCAUGUCCAAGAAAAAAAAAUUCUUACUUUGUUCAAAUAGCUUUUAUCGAUCAAUUAAAAGAAAUGUUUAAGCGACAAAAUUUUUAUAAUAGUUUACAAUAUCGAUUUCGAAGACCACUUCAGAAUUAUUUGUCAGAUAUUUAUGAUGGCUCUGUAUAUAAAGAAUGGUUGGAAAAUGGCUUUCUAUCUAAUCCAAACAAUAUAUCGCUUAGCUGGUAUACAGAUGGAAUACCAGUUUUCAAAUCAUCUAAAAUCAGUGCAUGGCCCGUAUAUUUAACCAUUAAUGAAUUACCUCCACAAGAACGAAAAAAAAGGGAAAAUAUUUUACUUGCUGGAUUAUGGUACGGUCCUGAAAAGCCAGAUAUGAAUACUUUUUUUAAAUCAUUUUAUUCCGAAUUUCAAAAACUUUUAGAAGGUGUCCGAAUAAAUGUUCCAGAGUUAAAUGCAAUAAUAAAUGUUCGCGGAUUGCUGUUAACGGGCACAUGUGAUUUGCCUGCUAAAGCUAGUUGUUUAAAUUUUACACACCAUAAUGGGGACUAUGGCUGCCCAAUAUGUUUUUAUAGAGGUGAAACAAUACAUUUGCUUAAUACAGGUGGUAACAUUCAUGUUUAUCCUUAUGCUCAUAAUUUUUAUUUGAGAACUUUAGAUGAAUGUAAAAGAUUGGCAGAAACAGGAACAGAGAAAGUACCCGACAAGGGUGUAAAAGGUCCCACCAGUCUUUCUCUUUUAAUGCCUGACUUUAUAAAGGGAAUGGCUAUUGACCGCAUGCAUGGAGUUGAUGGUGGUGUAGUGAAAAAAAUUUUAACUUUAUUAUUUGAUGUUAAAUACAGGGCUUAUGACUUUUCUUUAAUAAAUGCUGUUGAUACAAUUAAUCGAAGAUACUGUACAGGAUUUGGUGCAUUGGAAAGCAUCUGAGUUAAAGUUGUGGUUUUUUAUUAUUCGCUUCCUGUUUUUCACGGUGUUAUGGAAGCAAAUUUUUUCGAACAUUAUUCGUUAUUAGUUAUCGCUUUAUCCACUUUUAAUUCCAGUGUUAUAACGUUUGCUAAAGUUGAAGAAGCUCGCGAUUUAUUGCAUAAAUUUAUCAGAGAAUUUCCAAGAUUUUAUGAUAUAAUUUUUUUAACAAUUAAUUUCCAUCUAUUAUUGCAUCUUCCUGACGACGUUUUAAAAUUCGGUCCAUUAUGGGUACAUUGUUGCUACGAGUACGAAAAUAUUAAUGGAAAAUUACUGCAACUUGUGCAUGGAACAACUCAUUUAGAUUCACAAAUAAUAAGGUCACAUAAUUUAUUUGUAAGAAUGAUAAAUAAACUUCAACGGUUAGAAAAUGGAGAUAUUAAAGAUUUUUGUUUAAAAAGAAAGAAACAAGUAAAAAUUAUUGAACAAUUGUUUCCCAAUUGCUAUAGUGCUGGAACAUAUAAACAUCGUUUUCAACUAACUCAUAUUAUACAAGAUGCAUGUCGAAACUCUGGAAUUGUUUUUAAUAAUUUUAAAGUUUUUCAAUAUUUACGUUUACUAAAAAACAAUAAACUAUAUGUAGGACAAAUUUAUAAAGAAAAUUUGCAAACAAAUUCCUACACGGUACAGUACUAUAAUAACAAUGUUCUCAAACUUGGUUUGGUAAAUUGUUUUUUGAAAAUUAUUCAUUGCAUUUGCGAGGUACGAUUUUGUCAAUGUCCCUGUCAGCAUUAUGCCAUCAUUCAAACAUGUAACAUUUUGGAAAAUUUUUACGCUCAGGGUGAUAAUACUCUAUGUGAUAGUCGUUCGUUUUUAUUCAAAUGCGAAAUAACUGAUAGGUCAAUAGCUAUUCCUAUUCAAAAUAUUUUAAAGGUUUGCAUUAAUAUGAAUAUUGAAAAAGAGAUUUUUAUUGGAGUGCCUGUUAACGAAGAAGAACUUGAAUAAGAAAACUUCCAUAUAAAAUUUGUGGAUAUUUGAAGCAUUUAAAUGUAUUAAUUAACUCUACUACGACUUGCUCUAAAAGUUUUGAAUAAAAUAGUGUUUAAAAUUGGUAAACGAUUUUUCUAACGUAUGUAUAAGACUCUGCUUUAAAUAUGCAUUGUAAAAAAGUAAAUAUUAAAUUAUUAUUUGUAAUAUAUUACUCGAAUAUAAAUUCAAGUUUGCGUUCCAAAAAAAUAACUCAUCGUUGAGAAAGAGAGUCCAAAAGAUAAUAUUCAAAUGCCUCAUUGAAUAUUUUGGAAGUACACAUUUUCAUGCGGCGCCUGCACUUUUCUUACCUGGUCUGCUAAUGGUAAGGUAAUUUUAUAACACCUAACCAGGGCCGUUUCUGAAGUAAGCGGAGCAUUUCAAAUUGUUAAAAUGGCCCUGAUUCUACAAUUGUAUAUAAUUUAUUUACUUCGUUUUCUUAAUUUAAGAAUUUAAGUGUUAAGCAUUAUAAUAAAACAUGCAGCGAAUUUCACUUGUAAACAGCGAAACUUGUGGUUUUUUAAGAAGUUUCUUUUUAUAGUGUAUACCAAAUAAUAAUAAUUAUUAAUUAUA